CAGCCCAGCAGCCAGCGGCUCCCUAAUAUCUCUUUCUCAAUACACUUUAUCCCGUUUGUGAGAGGUGACUUAUGGUAAGGGUGAAGAGCUCUCAAGAUACGAACUUCUCGCCGUUUGUUUGUUCGUGAGUUGUUCCCUAGUGGUGGGCUCCCUUGUUGACCCGAUACCUCAAACGAACGAUCAUCACGGAGCAUUGGAGCAUUGGGCGCGGCCUCUCAGGAUUGAAAUCGCAUUCUUGACCCUCCCGAACCUAAACAAGGUUGAUUGGACCAAAUGGCUGCCCAUGGGGGCGAUGUGGGUGGAGGAGGUGGAGUGGUGGCCUUGAUGCGGCAAGGUUACCUCCAAAUCCCGCCUGUGACUCGUGUCUAUCUGACGGCGUGCGUCAUGACCACGUUGGCCGUUCAUUUCGAGAUGGUUUCGCCGUUCCAAUUGUAUUUCAACCCGCCUCUGGUGUAUCGCAGUGGGCAGAUCUGGCGUCUGGUGACCACAUUCCUCUUUUUCGGCUCUAUGGGACUGAACUUCUUGUUCAAUUUGUUCUUCACCUAUCGUUACUUCAGCAUGUUGGAAACAGGUUCUUUCCGUGGACGGACGGCCGAUUUUGUCAUGAUGUUCCUCUUCGGAGCGGUCAUGAUGAUCGUUUUUGGUGUCUUUGUGGAUCUUCUUUUCUUGGGACAAGCCUUCACGAUUAUGUUCGUCUAUGUCUGGGGACGUCGUAAUCCUCAAACUCGAAUGAGUUUCAUCGGGAUCAUCAACUUUCGCGCUCCUUACCUGCCAUGGGUUCUGCUAGGUUUCUCAAUCCUUCUCGGCAACUCCUUUAUCGUCGAUCUUUUAGGCAUAGGAGUGGGCCAUGUUUAUUAUUUCUUGGAGGAUGUGUUUCCUAAUCAACCCCAUGGAAAACGGCUUCUGGUGACACCUGCCGUCCUUAAGAUGAUUUUCGAUCCUGUUACGGAGGAUCCAUUUUACAACCCUCCGCCGGAAGACAGACCCGGCGGGUUCAAUUGGGGCAAUGGAGCUAACGUUGAUGACGCCAGGCCAGAUUAUGUACCAGACCAAGGCAACAACGGCGCAAAUAAUCCAAACAAUGAUCGACCGAGAGAGUGAUAUUUGUGCCUCUCUAGCUAAUGUCAUUUUUUGACAGACUUGUUUCGAUGAAAACAACCUUGUGAUAAAAAUGUUUUAUAUUUGUUGGUAAAAUAUUACAUGCUUUCCAAACUUGUCA